UCUCUCUCUCUCUAACGUUUGACUGAUUUGAACCCUUUUUUGUUAGGGUUUUGAUUUCGAUUCUGGAAUUGUGUUAGUAGAUGUGUGAUUUUGCAAACCCUAACAGCUUAUGCAUCCUUUUUGUUUCUUAUUUGAGCUUUUUGUGCUAUUUAUCAGUUAUUGUUUGAUUUCUCAUUCCUUGUGAAACCAGCUGCUUUUCGCUGCGUGAAAGAAAGGCAACAUAAUCGUUUUUUUUUUUUCAAGUGCUGUAUUUUGAUUGUAAAGGCAAUAGGAUUGGUUUUCCUCAUUAUCUUUAUAUGAAUGAAACUUGACGGAUUUAAUAUAAUAUGAUGAUUAGAUAAUCCCAAAAAAAAAAAUUGGUUAGGGCUUGUUUUGCCCAUUCGAAACCGGCAAAAAAUUAGGGCUUUUUUUUUGGGAUUCGAAAUUAGCAAACUAUUUUGAUUAGUAUGGCAUCUGUCCUAAAAAACUCGAAGAUGGUGGCUUUGGGUACUAAAAAGGAGUGAUUUUUCUUAGUCUGAACAAUAUGAUCCACUUGACCCUUUGUUUUCAUGAAGGGACCGGACACCAGGUUAUGGCUGAGAGAUUCUUGACUGAUAAACGGGCUUCAUAUGGGAGGAGAAUCAUAAGACAAGCAACCCAUUUAAUGGAAGGAAGUAGUUCGGGUAACAAUAGAAGUGGUGAUCCCAAUUUUGGGAUCUUUUGUUAUUGCGGAGAACCAACAACAUUGAGGAAAUCUGGAACACAAAAGAACCCAGGUCGAAGGUUCUUCGGAUGUGCAAAUUAUAAGGUCGAAGGUUCUUCAGAUUGUGGUUUUUUUUGCUAGUAUGAGCCUUGUAUUUUGCAAGGAAGGGCUGAUUUGGGGCCAAUGAUGGUUCAGAAAAAAAAAAGGCUGUGAGGACUGUUGAACAAUGUGAGAGUUCAGCAUCCAUGAGCAUUAGUGAAGAAAUGCAGAGGACAACAAUC